AUGGACGAAGGAAAUCUCAAUUCGUUCAAAAAAUUAUUAUUUGAUAAUGCUCGUGGUAAUAUAGAGUCAUCACCACAUACAGAUAAACAACGUCAAUGGCGUGCCAAGAAAAAAGAUCAACAUAAUCGUACUCAAUUAUCUAUACAUCGUUUACUAGUUGAACAAAUUAAUGAAUCACAUCAAUAUUUAUCUGAUAUUAAUGAAAAUUUUGUUUUCUUUUUGUGUUAA